GGUGGCCGGCGGGGAGCGGGUCCGGAGCUGGCUCUCGGACCCAAAGCCGAGGGUGGGCGUCUGGGGCGUCAGGGAGCUCCCUCGCCGGGCCCUUGGGGGCUUGAUGGAGUAAGAGGGGUCGGCUGUGAAUGUGUGGCGUUGAGUGCUUCAGAUCUGGUCACUAUGGUACGGGAGCGAAAAUGCAUAUUGUGCCACAUUGUGUACAGCUCAAAAAAGGAGAUGGACAAACACAUGCGGAGCAUGUUGCAUCACAGAGAACUUGAGAACCUGAAGGGCAGGGACAGUAGUCAUGAGUGCCGAGUGUGCGGGGUCACAGAAGUGGGUCUUUCCGCAUAUGCAAAGCACAUUUCUGGCCAGUUGCACAAAGAUAAUGUUGAUGCCCAGGAAAGAGAAGAUGAUGGAAAGGGAGAGGAAGAGGAAGAAGAUUAUUUUGACAAGGACCUUAUUCAGUUAAUAAAACAAAGGAAAGAACAAAGUCGACAAGAUGAACCUUCCAAUAGCAGCCAAGAAAUAAACUCUGAUGACAGGCGACCGCAAUGGAGACGAGAAGAUCGAAUCCCUUACCAAGACAGAGAGAGUUACAGUCAGCCAGCAUGGCAUCAUCGUGGGCCUCCACAGCGGGAUUGGAAAUGGGAAAAAGAUGGCUUUAAUAAUACUAGAAAAAAUGGCUUUCCACAUUCUUUAAGGAAUAGUGGUGGAUCAAGAGGAUGUUCCGGGUGGCAUAAGGGUGUUGCCGGAGGCUCCUCAACUUGGUUUCACAACCAUACUAAUUCUGGAGGUGGUUGGCAUUCAAAUAAUGGAACGGUAGAUUGGAAUCAUAAUGGUACAGGAAGGAAUUCCAGUUGGCAUUCUGAAGGGACAGGUGGCUUUUCCAGUUGGCAUAUGAACAACAGUAACGGAAACUGGAAAUCCAGUGUACGUAGUACAAAUAGUUGGAAUUACAGUGGCCCCGGAGACAAAUUUCAACCAGGCAGAAACAGAAAUUCUAACUGUCAAAUGGAAGACAUGACUAUGCUAUGGAACAAGAAAUCUAAUAAGUCAGGCAAAUACAAUCAAAAAAGAUAUAGUUGGACACGACAGGAAAAUGACAAAGUUGGUACAGUUGCCACAUAUAGAGGUCCUUCUGAAGGAUUUACAAGUGAUAAAUUUCCUUCAGAAGGCUUACUUGACUUCAAUUUUGAGCAACUGGAAAGCCAAACCACAAAACAAACAGACAGUGCAGCUCCCAAAAUUAGUGGAAAGAAUGGCAAUGUAGCAAGGGAAAAGCCCCGUCGCUGGACUCCUUACCCUUCCCAGAAGACUCUGGAUUUGCAAUCAGGAUUGAAAGAGCUGACUGGUAACAAGUCAGAAAUGAUAGAUAAGACUUUGUUUGAUUUUAGCUUGACAGCCACAGGAACACAAGAACCCCAAACUGAGGAAACAAAUAAUUCCCCAAUGUUGAAAACACAGAAAGAAAUACAUUCUGGAUCUCUUAAUCACAAAGCCACUUCUGAUUGUACUACUUUCUAUGAGGUGGUGAGAGAUUGCCCCACUGCAGAGAAAUCCGACCAAGAGUAUAACUCAAGUAAGAUGCCAUCGUCGAAAUCUUCACUCCUUGCAAUUCCAGCCACUAAAUCAGUUCCUCAAAAGCAAGAUUCAAAGAAUCUCUCAAAAAACACCAAAACUAAUUCUUUUUGUCCUGGAGAACAUUCAAAUCCCUUGAACAAACCCACUUUGGACGAUAACCAUGGUUCUACUUACAUCUCCAAAUUGCGUAGUUCAUGUCCUCGUGUUUUAAAAGGGGAUAAAAGUACAUUUGGCACUCAAAAGGAACCUGAUGGUAAUUUGAACAGCACAUUACGGAAGGCUGAAGAGCUGCUACAGUGUCAUGAGUCGUUGCAAAGUCCACUUCUUAGCACUUCUAAAAGGACCAGGAACUAUGCAAAAGCAAGUAGGAAUGUAGAAGAAUCUGAAAAAGGAUCUUUGAAGAUUGAGUUUCAAGUGCAUGCGUUAGAAGAUGAAAGUGAUGGAGAGACAUCUGACACAGAAAAGCAUGGAGCAAAAAUUGGAACCCUGAGUUCUGCAACUACAGAAGUUUUGUCCUGCAGCACUCAUACUGCUGAUGAGAAAGAGGGGGAUGACCAUGUCCUGAAUACAUCAAGAAAACAAUCCACUUCCCCAUGUAAUUCCACAGUUCACCAGAAAGAGUCCGAGUUACAAAUGACAUCUGCAGCCAGUCCACAUCCCAGCUUAUUGCUAGACUUGAAAACUGCUCUAGAAGAUGCACAGGUUGAUGACCAUGUUAAAUCUCAUAUAUCUUAUGAAACAGAAGGCUUUGGGAGUACUAGUUUGGAUGCAGACCUUCAAAAAAGUGAUAUUGGUCAGCCCUUGGGACCUCUCCUGCCUGAACUAAGUAAGCUUGGCUUUCCUGCCUCACUCCAGAGAGAUCUAACCCGGCACAUUAGUUUGAAGAGCAAAACUGGAGCACACCUUCCUGAGCCAAACCUCAAUAGUGCUCGCCGCAUUCGCAAUAUUAGCGGUCACCGAAAGAGUGAGACAGAGAAAGAAUCUGGGCUCAAGCCAACCCUACGGCAGAUUCUAAAUGCAUCUCGGAGAAAUGUCAACUGGGAACAGGUUAUUCAGCAAGUAACCAAGAAAAAGCAAGAGCUGGGCAAAGGCUUACCCAGGUUUGGCAUAGAAAUGGUGCCACUGGUUCAAAAUGAACAAGAGGUCUUGGAUUUGGAUGGGGAACCUGAUCUGCCCAAUCUAGAAGGAUUCCAUUGGGAAGGUGUUUCCAUUUCCUCAUCCCCUGGGUUGGCAAGAAAACGAAGCCUUUCUGAGAGCAGCGUGAUCAUGGAUAGGGCUCCUUCUGUGUAUAGCUUCUUCAGUGAGGAAGGUACAGGCAAAGAAAAUGAGCCCCAGCAGAUUGUUUCACCUAGUAGUAACUCAGUGAAGUCUUCACAUAAUGUAAAAACAACUGUGAGCCUUAAACAUGAGGCGACACCUCUGGCUGCGACCCUCAGAACAGGUGAAAGGGCUGAAAAUGUUGCUACCCAAAGGCGACAUAGUACACAAUUACCCUCUGACCACAUAAUACCUUUGAUGCAUUUGGCAAAAGACCUGAACAGCCAGGAAAGAUCUGCACCACCUUCAGAAAAUCAGAAUGCCCAGGAAAGUAAUGGAGAAAGAAACUCUCUAUCAUCAAAUGCAUCCUCAGUCCCUGCAAUCUCCAGUUUAGCAGAUGCAGCCACAGAUAGUAGCUGUACCUCUGGUGCUGAACAAAAUGAUGGCCAGAGUAUUAGAAAGAAACGAAGAGCCACUGGAGAUGGAUCCUCUCCUGAACUCCCAAGUCUUGAGAGAAAAAAUAAAAGAAGGAAAAUUAAAGGAAAGAAAGAACGUUCUCAGGUUGACCAGCUACUGAAUAUUUCUUUAAGAGAGGAAGAACUAAGUAAAUCAUUGCAAUGCAUGGAUAACAACCUUCUGCAAGCGCGUGCAGCACUUCAGACAGCUUAUGUUGAAGUUCAGAGGCUACUUAUGCUCAGGCAGCAGAUAACUAUGGAGAUGAGUGCACUGAGGACCCAUAGAAUACAGAUUCUACAGGGAUUACAAGAAACAUACGAACCUUCUGAGCACCCAGACCAGAUUCCCUGUAGCCUCACACAAGAACAAAGGAACAGUAUAUCUCAAACAUCUGCUGAUGCCACACUGCUGCCUACUCCUUUUUUCCCAGUUUUUCUGGAUCCUCCAUCUUCCCACAUGUCUCCAUCAUCCACUGGAACCCCUCUCCAAGUAACCACAUCUCCUACUUUCCAAGCCCCUGGCAGUGUCCCUGCUCCAGACCUAUCGGUUCAGAUUAAACAAGAGCCCAUGUCUCCUGAACAAGAUGAGAAUGUGAAUUCUGUGUCACCAGGCUCUACUUUCAAUGGGUCCAAGGAAUUACUGCAAGCUAAUAGAGAGAUCAGUGAUAGUUGUCCAGUUUAUCCACUCAUCACUGCAACAUUGUCCUUAUCAGAGCUAACAGAAAAUAUCCCCGAGCCUAGGCAAGAACUGAAGUUUUCUGUGGGGCAAGGAAAUGCCAGAAACAGAGAAAACUCUUCCUCUUCCCAGUCAACUGGCCUUCCUAGCAUAAAUAAAGAAGGUGAAGAGCCAACCAAAGGCAAUAGUGAGUCUGAAACCUGUACCAGUUCUUUUCUGAGAUCGUCUUUUGCAUCAGAAACCCCUUUGGAGAAAGAACCCCACUCUCCAACUGACCAGCCUGAGCAACAGGCAGAAUCCACACUAACAUCAGCUGAAACUAGGGGAAACAAGAAAAAGAAGAAACUUAGAAAGAAGAAAAGUCUACGGGCUGCCCAUGUUCCUGAGAAUAGUGAUACUGAACAGGAUGUAUUUACUAAACCUGUAAGGAAAGUAAAAACUGGAAAGUUAACUAAAGGGGGGAAUGUAACAACCUCCACCUGGGAAGAUAGCAGAACUGGUCGGGAGCAAGAGAAUGUCAGAGAUGAGCCAGACAGUGACUCGUCUCUGGAAGUCCUAGAAAUUCCUAAUCCUCAGUUAGAAGUAGUAGCCAUUGAUUCUUCUGAAUCUGGAGAAGAGAAACCAGACAGCCCAUCUAAAAAAGAUAUUUGGAAUUCCACAGAGCAAAACCCACUAGAAACUUCUCGUUCUGGUUGUGAUGAAGUAAGCUCUACCAGUGAAAUUGGCACUCACUAUAAGGAUGGCAUCCCCGUAAGUGUGGCAGAAACUCAGACUGUGAUCUCCUCCAUAAAAGGAUCAAAGAACUCUUCAGAAAUAUCUUCAGAGCCCGGAGAUGAUGAUGAGCCUACAGAAGGCAGCUUUGAGGGGCACCAAGCUGCAGUGAAUGCAAUUCAGAUAUUUGGAAACUUACUAUAUACCUGUUCAGCAGAUAAAACUGUCCGAGUUUAUAAUCUGGUGAGUCGGAAAUGUAUUGGCAUCUUUGAGGGCCAUACCUCCAAAGUGAACAGCCUGCUGGUUACUCAAACCUGUGGAAAGAAUGCUACCCUUUACACUGGUUCCAGUGAUCACACCAUUCGCUGCUAUAAUGUUAAGACCCAAGAGUGUGUGGAGCAGUUACAGCUAGAAGACCGGGUUCUCUGCCUUCAUAGUAGAUGGCGAAUACUCUAUGCAGGACUGGCAAAUGGCACUGUGGUCACAUUCAACAUAAAGAACAAUAAACGACUUGAAAUCUUUGAAUGCCACGGCCCUCGGGCAGUCAGCUGUCUUGCCACAGCUCAGGAAGGUGCCCGGAAGCUGCUGGUUGUGGGAUCUUAUGACUGUACCAUUAGUGUACGUGAUGCACGAAACGGACUGCUUCUCAGAACUCUGGAGGGCCAUAGCAAAACCAUUCUUUGCAUGAAGGUGGUGAAUGACCUUGUGUUUAGUGGCUCCAGUGAUCAGUCAGUCCAUGCCCACAACAUUCAUACUGGGGAGCUUGUGAGGAUCUAUAAAGGUCACAAUCAUGCAGUGACUGUGGUGAAUAUCCUAGGAAAAGUGAUGGUGACUGCUUGCCUGGAUAAAUUUGUUCGUGUCUAUGAAUUACAGUCCCAUGAUCGAUUGCAAGUUUAUGGAGGACACAAAGACAUGAUUAUGUGUAUGACUAUCCAUAAAAGUAUGAUUUAUACUGGCUGUUAUGAUGGCAGUAUACAGGCUGUGAGGCUAAAUCUGAUGCAGAACUACCGCUGUUGGUGGCAUGGUUGCUCUCUUAUAUUUGGCGUUGUAGAUCAUUUAAAACAACACUUGCUGACUGACCACACUAAUCCAAACUUUCAGACUCUGAAAUGUCGCUGGAAGAACUGCGAUGCUUUUUUCACUGCUAGGAAAGGAUCCAAACAGGAUGCUACAGGACACAUUGAAAGACAUGCUGAAGAUGACAGCAAAAUUGAUUCAUGAAGUUUUUUGCCUCCCAUGUUGGGAAGUCAUUAGUUGAACUAUUUUCACAUGGGCCCCUUAUGCAGGCCACUCUCUUCCCUUCCCCAGUGAAGCUAGGAAGGAGAAAGUGGUUACUAGCUUAAGUCUGGGCAUAAGUCUGGGCAGCUUAUCACUAGCAUAAGUCUGGGCAGCUCAAUGGGUUGAUAGGUUACGUUUUAAGUUCUUGCUGGAGGUUUUAAACAGUCAAAUUUAAACAGAUUUUAAGGAACCGUACUUCUCUGGGACAGCAUGACAUAUAAUGAUUUAUGCUACUAGCAUUCUCCAGAUGUUUAUAAAAGAUAAAAAUUUUAAUUGGUUACCCAGUUUGAUCCUAAUCAUAUGUAUAUUUUAUUGAUUUCAGUUUAUGAUUUUUAGUUUAUAUUUUUAUGAUGGUUUAAACCUGUAGUCAGGCUUUUAGGUACAAGUUUGUUCAAAUGCUAAAUUUUCAGGAUUAGUUUUAAUUUCUCCAAUUGUAAUGACUGGGUAUUUAAAUUGGAAGCAAAUAGCCUCCUUUCUUAACAAUUAUGUGCAGCAUGUUUUUCACUAUUCUCUUGCUUUGUAGAUGGACAGAGCUGGCUUUAAAUGCUAAAGGACACAGUAGAUUUUUGACAAACAGCUAGCAUGGUUACUCUACAGACUGUAUUUUAGGAAUUCAGAAAGCAAAUUACAUAGUAAGUCCUUACAGACACCACUUCCUGAUGAACCUCUGUGCAAGUUUGGAUAGAGUGCUCAUGUGAGAGGCAGCACAUAGACCUAAUGUCUACCUUUAAAUUUUGCUGUUAGACCUGGGCACUCACUGCUGCAGAUAUUGUCAGGAUGUUUGAAUUGGAGAUGAGCCUUUAACUCCUCUUCCAGUUUCUCACUCUCCAAGCCUGAUGUGAGUUUGAACCUUUUGGCUUGCUCCAUUGCCAGCCCCCAUCUCUCUCGCUGUCUAGCUGUGCCAGGACCUCUAGCAGUUAUCAAGUCCUUUGGGCUCACAGGGUGCUUCCCACCCACCUGCAGCACUGAGAUGGGGAGGUUAGAAUAAAGCGUCUGAAUACGGUUUUUAGGGCCUCAAGCAGGCUUUCUAGAGACUUCUUUCUGAAACCAGUGUCUUUGCCUUCACCUCCCCUUAAGCUGGAAAAGAAAUGUGGAGUAUGGUGAAGGGAAAGGCUCUACCUGUCUGUUGAGAACAGUCAAAUUAACAAAGCCUUAGUGAGACCGCUUUGUUUUUGGAUUUUCUUUUGGACGCUUAUGAGUAAAACUGUAGAAGUGUUGCUUUCCAACCUUUUGUUUCUGGAUCCUCAAAACUCUGAUUCUUCAGAGAGGUAGCGAGAAGAAGGGGGAGGAGCCCAGUACCACAUGCCAACCUUCAGGAUGUGACUCUCAAUGUGUUCUAGGAUUGCAGAGCAUCCAGAUUUAUCCCCACCCCUGUUAGUGCACACACAUCUACUUACAUGUCUUCCCUCAAGCUCUAGGGCAGGUGGACUGCACUGAGGGUUCAUUGAUAGGCCUCAAGAGGGUCUGCAACCCCCCUGAAAUUGUAUGUAGGCUAAGUAUGUGUCCUUUUUUUCCAGGAAAGGCUCCAGUGGUUCUUACUGGAUCCAAAAACUGUUAAGAACUAACCUAGGAGCUACUACUAGAUGAUGAAUGGACCCACAGGCUAUUUACUUCUGUCCUUGUGAGUGGGAAAAUUAUUUUAACCACAUUGUUGAGAUUUGCAUGAUGCUUAAGAGAGAACAGAGAAGAUCUUGUUGCAUAAAGUGUAUUUGUGCUGUUUCUGUAUGAGAUUAAGAAGCUUUUCCAAAACACCUCUCACCCCCAUUUCCUGUAAGGGUGACCAGAGAAGCCAAGCUGUUCGGUGAAUUUGGGAAUUUUGAUUUCCCAGGAAAGUACAUUUGGAUAUAUUGCUAAACCUGGCAUUUUUCUCUGGGCUGUAGGGAAGCUAUAUUUCCAUGUUGGCUGUUGCAUAGGUGCCUCCUGUCCUGCCCAAGGAUAUGUCUGAAAAGAUGAAAGUGGUGGAGCCUUUGUACAGCAGGAAAGGGGUAUGUGCGGUGUUGGGAAGUAGUGGGGAACUUUUGAGGGUAUUACAGACUGAUAGAAUCAGUAAGAACUAUGAUUUGGGUUUAGCUUUGGUAGAAUCAUGUGCAUAUAUCUUCCUCUCUGUGUGCGUGUGUGAAAAUUCCUUUGUAUCUGUGUAUACACGUGGGCACCUAUACUUGUAAUGUUUUUCCUCAUCUCAUGAAAGUUUUCUUUGAAGCAGUGGCAAUGUCUUUGUUUCAAGGACACCUGAAAUUCUUUUAACACCAAGUUAGUGUGUUGUCCAGAAUGAACCAUACUAGCCCUUUGUUCAGAAAUAAAGGGACCAUAAGCAUCAUGGCUGCUUAUGGUUAUGUGUCAUUACUUUUAAAUGUCUUGAACGUUGGCUGUUUUUUAAGUCUUCUUCAAUGUCAUGACUGAUUAUAGCCCUCUGUUUCCCCUCAGAGAAGAGGUGUGGAUCAGUGAUAUGUGUUGACUGUCAUUUGUAGAACCUUAAUGAAAGAAACUAUUGGGCCGGCCCGUGGCUCACUUGGGAGAGUGUGGUGCUGAUAACACCAAGGCCACGGGUUCGGAUCCCUAUAUAGGGAUGGCCGGUUAGCUCACUUGGGAGAGCGUGGUGCUGACAACACCAAGAAUCUUUUAAAGAAUAAAAAAAAGAAAGAAAGAAACUAUUGUAUGACCUGACAAAAACCAACUCAGUACUUAUUAAGUAGUUGGAGGCUAUUUUUAUAAUGUUACUUUUAAUUGAUUGUGCCUAUUCUAAUGGCUCAAAGCCAAGAAAACCCUAAUAUAAAUCCUUUUUUGUGCGUAUGCUAGUGUUUUAAUGGCAGUUCAGAGAAAAUAUGUCAUUUCACGUUUUAUGCAAGUUUUGAUUAGAUUCAAAAUAUAUUUUGGCAUACUCCUCUCUCAGUUGUAAUCAAACACAAUGCAAACAAAACUCUAAGAACAAAGAAUUAUCUUGACCUGAUGUUACUUGAAUUUGAGAGAAAGUCAUUACUUACUACUACACUCCUGCUUUUGUGGGGAAAAAUUUUUUCUCCCUCGGAAGAGUUAGCAGUCGAGUGUUUAGUUCCUGACCUACCUAUGAUUUAUAGGCAAUACUAUUGCUGUUUAAGUGAUUAUUUGCCUUACAAAGGUUUUGUGUCUUUUUCCUUGUAGAUUAUACAAUGGACAACUUUAGUAACUAGGCAUGUGGAUGAUUUGGGAAUAGGUGUACACUUAGUGGAAUGGUAUGGUAUAUUUUAUGGAAGAGAAUUUAUUGGAGGGGAGAUUGAAAUAUAUCGUAAAAUGGGAUUUGAAUAGCAUGUACUCUCUGAUUUGCUCAAAUAACUGCAAUUUAUAUGCGCUUACUUAUAAAUUUGUUCCUAAAGGAGAAUUACUAGAAUUACUAUGAAGGCCAUGCCUACCACAUUUAUAAAAUAGUGGUUUCAUCCCUGCAUCAAAUCAUCAGUAUCCUCAGGGUUUAAGAGAAGUGGUCUAAUGGAUAGGAAUAGAAGCUGUGGUGGAGGUGAUUUGGGCUUUACUGAAUUCCUUAUGCAAGUGGAUAUGAAAUGCUUAUGUAAACCAAACUUAACUACUUAUCAGACAAUAACCUCUAACCUCACCUCCAACCCCAGGUAUGUAGCCCUCCUGGGUCAUGUGGUGACUGAAGUUUCCCAGAUUUGCUCUAAAUUCAAGUAGUGACCCAAAUGGAUUGAGAAAGGACGGGGUUAAGGAGGAAAGGCUGUUGAAAAUCUUUCUCCUGUUAAAAAGAAGUAUAUGCCCUAGAGCUGCUCUAGCACCCUUGGUUUCUGAUUUUUUUUUUUUUUAUAUGGAGUAUGGAUUAGAAGAAUGAAAUCAGAUUGACACUUGACUGUGGAAAUGUUUAUAAGCAAAUAGCCUAGCCUUCUUACAUUUUGGUAUAAAGCUGUGAACUUCGUAACUUUGUAAAGCAAGAUAUAAAGCAAAUACAAGAGGAAAAUAAAGUACUUUUACUAAUUGA